AUAUUGAAUCCACUAAACAGUGUACAUUACAAAGAGAGAGAGUCUCACAAAAAUCCUCAAUAGUCCAAACACACUCCACCGCCACCAGAAAAAUGUCUCUCCCCCUCACCUCACAGCCAUCUCUCGUCUUCUCCCAAAACCCUAACAAUCACAGAACACUUCGCUUCUUCUCCUCCAAAACCCCUUCUCUCUCCUUCUCUGUCCUCCCAUUCCCAAACCCUAGAUCCUCCUCACUCCGCCUCCACUCCACCUUGUCCGGCGACGUCCCCGACCCCAUAUCCGGCGCACCCCCAUCCAGCGGGGGCACAUCUGGCGACGGCAAGUCCGACGGCGCCAACGUCGACGAGUGGGGAGACAAAGCCGAGCCCGAGACGGAGCCGUCCACGAGGAUGCCCGAUGCCGACCCACCGAAGGAUGAGGAUGAGUGGGGAGGCGUGGGUGUACGGGACGAUUAUGAUAUCUCCGGUAAUGGUAGUGCGCCCGCUGUUACUGAGCCAACUGUGGAGGAUGAUAAGCUUGGGGACCUGAAACGGUGCUUGGCGGAUACAGUGUACGGCACCGAUUUGGGGUUUCGGGCUUCUGGCGAGGUGAGAGCGGAGGUUUUGGAGUUGGUUACUCAGUUGGAGGCGGCGAAUCCGACUCCGGCACCGACCGAGGCGACCGAACUUCUUGAUGGGAACUGGGUUUUGCUGUACACAGCAUUUUCCGAGUUGGUGCCUCUUCUGGCAGCAGGUACUACACCUUUCUUGAAGGUUCAGAAGAUUAGCCAAGAAAUUAAAACCAGCAGCCUUACCAUAGAGAACUCCACCACAUUGUCGAGCACUUUUGCUACUUUCUCCUUCAGUGCAACUGCCACUUUUGAAGUUCGAAGUCCAACAAGAAUACAGGUUGAAUUUAAGGAAGGGUCCCUGAAACCUCCAGAGAUCAAGUCAAGCAUUGAUCUUCCAGAAAAUGUGGAUAUUUUUGGGCAGAAAAUCAAUUUAUUGCCUGUGCAGCAGUCUAUCAACCCCCUGCAAGAGGUUGUGGCAAAUAUAGCACGUACUCUUUCUGGUCAACCUCCUCUUAAGGUUCCCAUUCCGGGUGAGCGGACCAAGUCUUGGCUUCUCAUUACGUACCUUGACAAGGAUCUUCGGAUCUCAAGAGGGGAUGCUGGUCUUUUUGUGCUUGCGAAAGAAGGGAGUUCGCUUCUAUAUCAGUAGCCAGGUCUCACCUUAGGAGGUGUGUCCUUUGAAUCGAUUCGAUGUGAGAAAGAUGUGGAAAUGGCUGCAGUAGGAUGACGGAUGAUUAUGCAUUUGGUGGGCAUAGACAGAAUUAACCGGUCCAGGGAGCCCCAAUGCAUUCCCACAAAUAAUUUGAAGUACAAGUUACCUUUUAACGGAGUAAAUGAUAUUGUGCUGGUUCAGUGAGGUUGUUGUACCCAUGGAAGUCCCAACUAUUAUAGUGUUCUGUACCAUGGAUAUGUAUGCGUAAUAUGUAAUAAUACUCUGUAUAAUAUUUGUAACUUCAAAGAAAUUACUGUAUGCUGCAUAGGAAAUUAUUUUGCCUGAAUAAUGAAGUAUAUUUUGAAGUCUUCA